CAGAGAGCCUUUCCGUGCGUGAGAGGUUUUGUAACACGGGGUGAAUGUGUGUGUAUGUGUGUGACUUGAUUUGACAGUGAGCCCAGCGCUCUGGAUCCGAACUCUGCUACUACGCUUUCCCCGUACUAUCGACGCAGCUGAUGGACUCUGGGGUCGCGAGGAAAGCAUCGAGGAUUAUCGUCUGUCGGCGAAGCUCACUACGUUCAGAAGCGAAAGGCUCCCUAAAUCUGCAGUGAUCGCAUCGGGGAAACGAGAGUGUGUGCUGCUGCUGCCACUGGGGAUCGCGCUCCCCGACCUGCCUGGCUGCCUGUGUGUGUGGCUCACAACUGUGCGAGGUCAGUGUCUCCGUUGUUGUUGUGGAAGUGAUCGCCGCCGACGGAGCCGAGCGGGAGGAUAUCGUCGGCUGCACUGAGACUGACUGCCACAGUGACUUCCGUCGCACAGUCCGCACUGCUUACCUUCGGCAGUUCACGACAGGAACCGCGACGCCAAUAAGAGUGACCCGGACACUCCGGAAGUGAGUUGCCGUGAAGCUCGCAGCACCCGAAGACUACAGCAGAGACGGCAGCGGCGGUGCCAGCUGCAGCCAUGCGGGGUCGCGUCGGCGGCUGCCCUGAGACGAGAAGGCCGGGAGUCGUGCCGGCGGCUCUGCACUAGGCCCUAAGCGGCCGCCCCCCCUCCCCCUCCCUUACCCCCUCCCCUCCGCACCUCAACCCCGUUUCCCGUACCUUCCCGCUGCUCCCCCAUCCGACGACACUCACGAUGACGUCCAGCUGCCUCGACCUGAGCGCCAAGAUGGCGCCGUGCUUCAUGAGCCGCGACGACUCCCACUUCACGCCGCACGGCUCGCUCCAGCAGCAGCACCAGCAGCAGCCCCACUGGGCGCGGGGCCACCGGCGCACCAAGAGCGCCGGCAACUACGGGCCCCGCGACCUGAGCAUCUACACCACCAUGGGCCUGUACGCGCACCACGGCACCACGCUGCCGCCGCUCGCCCAGUCCGAGUCCACGCUGGCGCUGGCGCCGCUCUACGAGUGGCAGCAACGGCACCACCAGCUGUCCGGGUUGGGCGGGAGCACCUCGGGUCACCACCAUCUGCACCACUUGCACCACCACCACCCGUUGUCCGAAGUGACCUACAGCAGCGCAGCUGAGUUCGCCAGGACGGGAGGAGAACACCGCGGCGAGCGCCUGCUCAGGCCGGACCUCGAUGAGGUGGACCCAAACUUGCGAGAGUGCGGCAUCCUUGGCUGUCGGCCACGGUGGUUACAGUACUUUGCCAACAUCAGAGUUUUUGUGUUUCUGUCGUGCCUGCUGGUUACCCUGCAGCAAGCGUUGUCUACUGGAUAUGUAAAUAGUGUAAUUACAACAAUCGAGAAGAGGUUUGAUAUCCCUAGUCGAGUGUCAGGAGCCAUUUCAAGUUCAUUUGAGAUUGGAAACCUGCUGACCAUUAUUUUUGUGAGCUACCUUGGGAGCCAUAGGCACAUUCCUGUUUGGAUUGGCAAAGGAACCAUUGUAAUGGCAAUCGGGUCUUUUGUCUUCUCGCUUCCAUACUUCAUGGACCAAUCUAACUCUCCAAGUAUUUAUAGGCUUAAUGUCACUCGCAUUGAGGACGAAAACACAUGCCAAAUGCCCACAGCUGCCAUGGUGCCCGAACACACAAGCAGCCACUUUAUUAACCCGCCCUUGUCACCCGACGCUGAGCAAAGAUGCAUCGACGGCAGGUCUUCGAAUGCCUUGUAUAUUUUCAUAUUUAUGUGUGCCCAAAUCCUGAUUGGGUGCGGUGGGACACCUAUUUUUACUCUGGGAACAACCUACAUCGAUGACCAUGUUCGGAAGGAGAGCUCUUCCAUGUACAUUGGCUGCAUGUACAGCACAGUGGCCUUCGGCCUAGUGGUGGGCUACCUGCUGGGUGGAUUCCUCCUGUCUCAGCACGAGAAUUCCUUCCUGGGUGGCACCGUGCCGCGGGGCAUCUUUCCUGGCGCCCCCCGGUGGAUCGGCGCCUGGUGGGCUGGUUUCGUCCUGUGCGGCAUCUUUCUCAUGCUGGUUGCAGUGCCUUUCUUCGCAUUCCCCAAAGCCCUGCAGAGAGAGAAAGCACGGCUGAAGCGUGACGAAGAGUACAUGAUGGGAGGAACCAAGAUGGUGGUUCCAGGUGUCAACCAGAAAGUGGAGGUCUGGAAGCCCUCUGGAGUCGCAGACCAGCACAACGCUUCCUCUUCCGAGAUUCCACAAAAGCAGAAAUACGGCCGCGACAUCAAAGACAUCCCAGCAUCCAUGUGGCGCCUGCUGUGUAACCCCAUCUACAUGGUGACUUGCCUUGGCUCCUGCAUGGAGCUGGCCAUUGUCAGUGGCUUUGUUGUCUUCCUGCCCAAAUACCUGGAGACUCAGUUCAACAUCGGCAAAUCGCAAGCCAACGUUUUCACAGGUGGCAUCGCCAUUCCUGGUGCCUGUGUUGGAAUAUUCUUGGGAGGCUAUGUCCUUAAGAAGUUCCAAAUGAGACCGAAAGGGGCCAUUCAAUUCGUGCUCUGCUUCAACCUGCUGUGCAUGGGCCUCUACACACUCCUGUACUUCUUAGGCUGUGAUAACAUCCGCAUGGCUGGGGCCACACUUCCUUACUUCAACAAUAGCAGCGAGCUGGAUACGUUCCAGGUGAACCUAACAGCCGACUGCAACAUGGGCUGUCGCUGCUCACCCAACGACAUCGAGCCUGUUUGCGGCCGCAACGGCAUCACAUACUUCUCACCGUGCCAUGCAGGCUGUCGGCCAGGAGCUGGCCACGGAUCACACCUCAACUACACGUCGUGUGCCUGCAUUGUGCCUAAUGUGACCAUGAACCCCGAAGUGACAGCCGUACCACUGGCGACCAGCGGGCCGUGUCCGCAGCCGUGUCUGGCAUUCAUCCCGUUCAUGGUGCUUCUGUUUGCCAUGACUCUGGUGGUCUCCAUAACGCAGAUGCCACUGCUCAUGAUCAUACUGCGAUCUGUUGGUGAAGAAGAGAGGUCCUUUGCAUUGGGAAUGCAAUUUGUAAUAUUUAGGUUAUUUGGUUACAUCCCAGCACCAAUAAUGUUUGGUAAUGUGAUAGAUUCGUCCUGUAUCCUUCGAAAGGCUCACUGCGGCAAGCCAGGAGGCUUCUGCUUAGUCUAUGACAUUGAGCAGUUUCGACUGAGGUACAUUGCCGUCUGCUCAGGCCUCAAAGUGGCCGCCGGGCUACUGUUCUUCCUCGACUGGCUUCUGAUCACGUGGCGGCACAAGCGCGAACUCAAGGAGGCGCCACCCAUGACGGUCGGAGAAAUCGUCUCCUCCAUCAUCUCGCUGGACCGUCUCUCUGCGCUUGGCUGGGGCGAGGGCGAGCAGAAGGAAGAUGUCCUCCCUCUGGGGAACUGCGCGGAGGACAUCGUCGACAGUGGCAACGAGAAUGCAGUCCACUCGGGUACGGAGCACGAAGAGAAAGACCGGCAUUGUCAGCCGCUGCUCAGGAGCACCACAGCUCAGCCGGGCCCAUCAGAACUGGUCUGCUAGCUCGACUAGUACGGUGUGUAACUGUGUACAAGUCAUGCAGCGAGUGUUGAGUCAUCUUCAGCCUCACGUGAACAUACACGACGAGUACACCAAUAACGCUACAGGCUCAACCUAUGCCUUGCCAGUGCCGCGGGUGCUUCGACUGAAAUCGCAACAAAAGUUGAGCUGGACCUGCAUGCUCAUUAACUGCCUUCUGGUGGUGGAAGAAAGAAUGGUUGCAGCUACCUCCAGCUGGGCUGUAUUGCGAUUUUCCAGAAGCCCCCCCUUGGCGCACGGAGAGCAUACGAUGAGGUUGUUGGCUCAGCACUCGGCCUAUCGUGUAUCGGCAACUAGCCUCCAGGUUCCGGAUGAAACCGACCACCUCUUGGUUCUACUAGCUACAAACUACGGACUUGACAUGUGGCGUAAAUGCUGUGCAAGCACAUGUCAGAGCCACCAGACCGUCGAUGGCACCACUGGUAACAGAGAACACGCCUACUAACAUCACAGGCCUUGUUUCUGGGCCUCCUGAAAAUGAAAAUGACAAUAACCACUACAUCCAGAGUGGCUCGUGGCAGCGUUGGGGUGGGGGAACCACUGUUCACAACGUGUGCAGGUAAUAUGCAGACCUUAGAGUGCCUACAGUGCUUAUACCCUUGGAGAUUUGGUGGCGUUUCCAAAAUGACAGGUUUCAAGUCAGCGUCGCAUCAAAAGCCGCUAAGAAAGCGUGAGUUCAGAGCGGCAGAUCAUAGCUGCAAUCACCUCUUCGUUUUCUUUCCCUCUCUGCGUUAAAGUGAUUGUUUGCCAACGUUAGCCUACUGAGAUUGUUUUCCUUGGGCAUGGUGGCAGUGUUAUUUUUGAUGCACAACUCGUCAUCCACAUCACGUUGUACAAAUAUUAUCGGGUGGGGAGGAUACGUUCAAGUCGGUAGUAGGUAGUAACACACUUCCAUUGGUAAUGACAGGCUUUUUUUUUUUACUUCUAUCCUUGUUCAAACAGACAUCUUGCAUUUACAUAAUGGCUCUCUUUCCACACCAUUGCAUUUUCUUGUAAAGUUUUUGUUUCUCGCUUGAACACUGCUGUGGCCCUCUGUUCCUUGUGUAUUAAAGGGACAUUAACAUAAUGACACAGUUUAAGCUGGCAAAUUAUCCCUUCAAAAUCCUAAUGUGCAUUUCGUUGGUAGAAGAAAUAUAUUAUUGCAAAAACAGAGGAAAAACUUGUUUUCUUGAAUUCAGCACCCAAAUUGCGGCACUGAUGGCAUCGUGACAUCACAGAUAUCACUGCAUCUUCUUUAUGUUUGUGUCCUUCAGCAGGCAGUGUUUGCAGAACUUGCCAGGUUGGUUGUUCUUGUUAUUUUAGAGUGCAAUUGACUCUUUUCUGUCAAUAAGCAGUUAUCCAGGCCAUAUCGGAUACUACCAAAAUCUAUCACGUUACACGUAGCCAAUUCAGUAAUUUCAAAAAUUACACCUUCGUUUUUUUUUUUUUUUUUUUUUUUUCACAGCAAGCCUUUGCUCAUGGCAGGACAAACAUAUUCACAAUACAAGCAAUGUGGUUCUCCAGUCUAGAUGAAAUCAAGAUUGUCUUUAAUGUCCGUUUAAGGUAUCAUUUUUCGUCAUUAUCAUUGGCACUUUCAUUCUGGCCAAGUUAUUUCGAAUCACCUUACCCUAAACACUGGACAGUAGUAACUGCAUUUAAUUGCAGUUAUAAAAAUUAUUUAUUUUGAAAUGAAAUUUCGCUUUGCGACUGCCUCGUGCUGUUGAUUACAAAACAAGUUUCAUUUUUUCUCAGCUCGUCAGAAAAUGAGAAGCUAGAUUCUUUCACUGCGCACUCGACACCUCGCAACCUUGAGCAUUAGGGCGAUUUAGGCCCGUGUUUCGCAACAUUCUAUUUCAUUUUUCUAUGGACCCUUUUCCUAAUUUGUAAGUGUGCUUCUCUACAUUGCACAUUUGCUGAACUAAUGACGGCACCAGUCGUUCAAAUGAAAAUGAAAUUCUACCCGCACGUGCUGGGGAAUGCCUCUCGCAUGCUUUCGUCACGAGAGCCUCGCUUCAAUUCACGUCGCUUUUGUUUCCUAAACGUAGCCUCAUCUACAUUUUCUAUGUCGUAAUACAAGCAAGCUGUGCUUGUGCACACUGCAUGCAAAAACAACCAAGCUGCCAUUAGUAGGGCAAGCUGCAUUGCAGGAAAGCUAGCUUUACAAUUUUCAAAGGGAUCCAAGUGAUAGCAGCAGCCACGCUAUAUUCGAGCAAAUUAUAAAAGGCAGAAAGAAUGUAAAACGAAAUGGAUUGUUAACAAAAUACAGUCCAAGUUCAACAUUCACCAUGCAAUGACACGACGGCCGCGCCAGCUAGCCUGGUAUUGUUGCCUUAUGAACUGUCACAAUUUCGAUGCAGUGACACUUUAUCUGUGUUGAACUUGUCAAGUCACAUCACUUGAUUUUUUUUUCCUAUUUUUGAUGUGCCAGAACGCUUUAUAAAUAGAAUGCUUAUAAAGCAAGAGGGUUAACGAAUUGCUCCUCUUGCUUUGUUUCUGAAUCGUUCCGUGCUUCCUGGCACGUGUUUCAUUACAGCACAGAAGCAGUGCAUGUUUUAUGUGGCUUCCAUUUUAUGAAUUAGUAUUCUUCCCUGGUUCAAAUAUUUAUUGCUUUUACAGCUAAUCUUCCUAAGGUCAUGUCUUGUUCUAAAUGGUUCAGUGGACCAGAUAAACUGCCCAUGUGUGUGUGUGUGUAUGUGUGUGGCAUAUCCUAUCCUUUACUCUUAUCUUUCUUUCACAUUUUGAUGAGAGUUGUAAAGCUACUAUUUAGUGUUCUUUUGUGAGAGGGUCACAUAUUGACUAGAAUUUCAUAGAAGUCUGGUAUUUUCUUUCUUUCUUUCUUUCUUUCUUUCUUUCUUUCUUGCUUUCUUUUCUUGCACCUGUGGCAAUAGCAUUUAUUCUUGUCCUAAUCUGUGGGGUGCUGUAAGGUGAACAUUUUACUCUUUAUAAAUGGCAGCAUAAUCAUUGCAUGACAAAUACUUCAUUCAGAAGACUGUUUCUCAUCGCCACAUCGUGCAGCCUCUGGAAUGUCUGUACUUGCAUUCAUUUUAUCUGAUCUGAUAUCUGCAGCAGAAAAAUACUUGCAUUCACUGCAUGUUCUAUUUAUCGUGUUUCAAACAGCUGUAAUGAAAACUGCAUGCGACAACAAAGGUUACCAGGUGUUUGUUUCUCAACUGAAGCAUGUUCACAUUGUAACAUCAACAACAUUAAUUUGAACUUUUUGUUCUGAAAGGAGCAGAUUCCCAUAUAACUGCUGUUUUCUUCUCUUACAUUAUUGGCAGUAAUGAAAGCUACACCAAGAAUUACAUCUACAUAAAGCUUACACCUGAAAAAUAUAUAUUCUGUUGAGCUUAGAAAAGGAAGACUGCUUUUAUGACCUGAAGGUUAGCUAAGCUCACCCUGUUUUACCACAUCAUGUACCACAUGUCGUAGAUAAGGCAAUUUAUUUUUUUGACUAUUAUCAAUUUACGUGUGUCCUGUUUCUUCAUACACUGUAAAAAUACAAACUUCACUUGUACAGAGCAGGUAGAAUUUUCAAUCGGUGUUAUCACAAAUUGCACUGAUGAGUUUAUUCACAAUUCCACUUCUAUUUUUGAGCAUAGUUCUGUUAACGACCCCUUACACAUCGCCCACAUUUAAUGAGCAUCGAAACCUGUGACCAUUGAAAUCCACAAAGUUCCAUUGGAUAUAAUGCGUGGGAUCAUGUAGCUGACCCCACAGCACUCGAUGAUUUGAAAGGUUAUUGGUUACAGUGGUCGUUGAAGGUGUCAUGUGAUAUGGGUGUAUGGCUCGAUGUUUUCAAUAGUCAAUGCUGGUAUCCUGCAUCAUAAUGCAAACUCAAGAUGAGAAGUUACUUCACUGAUAGAGUUUUCUUCUUUGUUUUACAAGAAAACUGAACCAUAUGAUCACUCUAUGGCCUGAAACACUAACGACUUGAUGGAAUCUCAGUGGUCAGAGUGAGCAAUCCUGAAGUCGUGUUCAAGUGCAUAUGUGAUACACUGUAAAAUAUUGUCACAGGUGGCUCUUGCCUUUCGUAAUGUAUAUACAUGUAUGUCAUAGAUGAGAUAUUUUGACAGAGCUAAGACUUAGGACUCUCUUCUAGAGUGUGACAAGUUUGUGCACAAAGCCCUUGAUGAGGGGGAAAAAGAGCCACGCGUUCUUGCAAACUAUGGCAAUAUCCACGUGCUGAGCAUAUGAACCUAGCUUGUGUGCCUACCGGGCACACUUAAAGCAGCCUUCGUCUCUUUAGUCUUGAAAGGUGCUUGGCCCAGCAAUAGACUUGAGCACUCCACACAUAUGGCUUUCAAUUAAAAUCGAGCAGCUCUCAUCGCACAGGAAAGGGGGCCUGUCCUGACCAAUGUUGGCCCUGUAUUGGACAGUGCUAACUCCUCUUCAAGUCGUGCUGGCCCAGUGAUGUGACAACAUCAGCUGGUAUUGGCCCCCUUCUCCACUGCUAGGAAAGUGAAAAAAGAAAAAUUGAAACCACACUCUUCAGGGUGCACUAUGUUUUGUAUUUUCUAUAUUGUUUUUAGUGGGAAGGAAAAGAAAGGAAAAACGAAAGUCCACAAUCAGUGUAUACAUACAUUGAAUACAUCUUAGAGGUAAGUUGUGUAUAAUAAAAGUUAAAGUUAUGCAAGUGAGAGAUAAGGAGAGAGUAUCCAUGUUGGUAGUCAUAGGAAUUAUUUCUGUGUGUGCUAACUAAGAAUAAAAAGAAGCACAAGCCAGAGACGCCCUUUUAUAGUUAGUUUUUGGUUUGUGUAGAUAGGAAAAUGAGAAGCGAUGACUAGAGCAUAUAUUUGAGAAAUAGUCUGCUGUGUCUCCAUCAUAUCAUUAAAGUUAGUUCUUUCCCGUCUUGUGGUCCUUUGUAUUGGGUACAGAACUGUACAGAAUAAUCUUGCUUUGGUAAACUUUUUGUACUCGUGAGUAUCUUCAGGAGAAACAGCCUCAGAUCAAGACUUGCAAGUAACCGCACAUCUGCACUCUGUUAUAAUCCGCUUUCAUAGCAUAUCCAUUUGAUAAGUUUGACCAAACUUACCUAAGGUGUGAUGUGUGGUCUGGUCACACUUGUACUUCCACACUGGGCCCAUAAUGAAGCUGCGUAGGAAUACAGCCUUCAAUGCAGAAACCGGAAGUAAAAGAAUGGUGUAGUUAGGUUCAUGCAGCUGUUCUGAAAAUGUUCAAAAAACAAGCGCGUCUUUUCUGAGGAUACCAUGGACGAAGUUGGCCAAUAACCCCAUGCAUCAAAACGUUCACAUGGGAAGAGCAACUAAUUUGUUUAAUCUCAUUACUUCAGCUCAGAAAUCUGAAGCACUGUCCUCCUGCAUUAUGAUUCAGUGUUUCUUAAAGCAUGCAGUUAACAGACUUCUAAUAAUGGUUGAAAAUACUUUAGCGGUAAAUAUUUUUUCUGGUUUGCCAGUUGUAAUGCAGCAAGAUUAUCACUGCAUAAUGCACCAUCCUAUACGGGACACAUUUGACACGAAAUGGUAUGUGUUAUACAUCAUACCCUGAGUGGUUUGCAUUUUUGAUGUAUUUUUCCAUGUUCAAUUAACUUUUGAGGCAGAAGAGCUUGGCAGGAGAAAAUCACCAAUGGAUGCCAGCAACAACAGAGAGCUUUUCGUGCUAUGCAUCGUCUAUUUUUCAAGUUCUAACAGACUGCAACAAGCAUGUUUUGCAUGAUACCAUUUUGAUAAAAAAAGAAAUUGAUGGUUCUGAACGAGGGUAUUUAACCAGUGGUGUUUGAACAGUGGGUCAGGUGGUACUAAUUUGACUGGUUAACAUGCCAACAUAGGAGUCUUGUAAUUUUGCAGGAAACUGCCAUCUGCUUUGCACACUUUUCGUUUUGUACAGUGCAGUUGCAGUUUUACGGGCUUGUCCCAAGGUGCAUUGGGACACCUUGUAUAUUGUGUAGGCUUCCAGCUUCGGUUUUCACGUGUGUAGUUACAAAGGGUUUUACACGGACAAUGUAGCGAAGCUAAAUUUUGUUGUUUAGGUCGUUAUGCAGGCAAACAAAACAUGUCUAUCAUGCAGAUUUGUACGCAUGCUUGCUCCCGUUUCACCUGCAUUGUACACCUUGUUAUUUUUUAAGGCGAAGGAGUGCACUGUAGAGAUUACUGCACGUGGUGUACUUUGUUCUGACGUUGAAACUUCAGUGGUUUUAACCUUUAUUUAUUUCAGCCUGUUUAUACAUAUGGAUGUGUAUCUAUCUAGGACAGUGAUGUUCUUGCAACGGUAUUUUGGGUUCUCCACUACAUGAGCAGCAUGUUGUUGUCCUCGUAGUAGGGAAGGAAUGCAUGGAGAUACCAUGUUCGUUUUGGGGGAAAUUGUUACCAUGCAUUGUGUCUUCGUCAUUACAAAUGAAUCUCGGCGGAGCAUAACUGUGCAAUUUCUUUUUAUAUAAGAGAUGAUUUUCUGUAGUGUUUCACUAAUGAGUUGUUCUUGCUUAGCUGACACUGACACGUUUAAACAUGUUGGCACUUCAUCUGAACUAGCGUACUAGCAUGCAUGUCUGUGCAUAUGCUGUUUUCUUGAAGAGGACUGCCCCUUUGUUGCCAUUGCUGCAGUCCUGUUAAAUUGUAUUGCCAGUAUACAUAUAGCUGCGCUGCAAAAUUACCCUGUGGCUUCGUGAGUUGUUGCCGUUUUCAUACAUAUUUUUUUUUUGUACAAGAAACGUCAUGGCACAUUAAAAGCUGUAUUGUUUGAAAAUAA